AUGUUAAAUCAGGAGCACUGGGUAUUGGUAACCAACCGGGCUGUAGAAGCUAUGAAGAAGAAUUUGAAACAGGCGUCGUUUGUGGGCCAAUGCAUGCAUGAUGUUCCCCGUCGUUCCUGCGCGUUCUUGGGCGGUGCCACUACCAAAAUUUAUAUUGUGAAUGUCCCCGCCGCUGCAGGUAAAGAAGAUAUCAAGGAUUAUGAGGAUCUAGACGUCACCAUGUGGAUGCCUCACUGGCCAUUUAUGUGGGAUCAUGUUGCUGCGUUUGACGCACAGUUUUGUCAAACCUACGAACGUAGUUUGCCCGGAACCUCCAUCACUUUUCAAUAUGUUUUAUUCCACUAUUCCCAGUCAACAAUCCGUGGUAUAGCGGAUGCCGACAACAAUUUUGUAAGAACGCUCCUACGUCAACGGGGCAUUACUCGCUUGCUUCCUUGGUAUGGGGAAAUUCUCAUUGCCAAAUAUUUCUUUAAACUACUUCCCGACGAAAUUCUGGGUCUCGUCAUCAAUGAUUCCUCUUGGUCCGCGUGGAUGGCUUUAAACUACACCAACAUGCGCCUGAGGAGGCUGGUGCAAGAAUCCGUCCGUCGUCGCAUCAAACACUUUGUUGGACUUUUUUUCGCUGACGCCCUGGAAAUUUUUUUCCACCUGCUGGGCAGUAACAACGCCUUGAUCACGGGGCCGCUCGUCCGAUGCAUCAUGUCUGUGGACAAUCCCAUAUACACACAGGUGUACCCUAUCCAGCUCGACAUCAUUCUACCAAGGCGUUACGCUUUCGGUUCUUUUGAUUCCUUUGUCCGUUCCCAAGGAUAUCAUGGAGAAAACACUGGAAACGUGGAAAUGUCACUGCGUAAGGGCUUGAAAAGAUUUCAUACAUAUCUCUCGUGGAAUGGCGUAAUGAAAGUCUGUUUGCUUUUAGCAACUGAUGAUAAAACGUUACCUGGCCUCCUCUCUGCGCCGUCGUCGUCGCAAAUGUUUGCGUUGUCACACACGCGGCUAUACUGCUUCUACCCGCAGUUGUUCGCCAAAAGACAAUUUUUGUAUAUUCGGAAUGAUGUGGACGAUAUUAUCAUGCCACCGUACGAGGAGUUCAACUUCGGCCUUUGGAACAGAGAUGGCUUGGUUUUGUCGGAACCUUGCGGCGAAACAUGCCCCGUUCUAUGGAGGAGGAUCACCGCUGGAGGUGGUGUGGCGAUUAUGCGUUGGGGAGGAUUUCAUGGGGACAAGGACUAUGGCAAGCACGUCUCACCACCUGAUUAUUUUGUACAAUCUGAAAAAUCGAAGUUUGACCACUUAUUAUCCAAAUACAAUCUGGGGCCUGUUGACAAUGUCUUGAGCUUACUGCGACAUUCACGAGGUGUGGUGUUCGGAUCGAUGGCAUUGGGCGUUAUACAAGAUCUAUUAUUCGAGCCGCAUGAUCUCAACCUCUUGGUGGGGCGCCAGGGCCGUCGGUCUAUCGAACGUUACAUUCAGAAUCAUGGUUAUAGGCUGGUUCAAGAACAAACGGGUAAUAUGGGGUCAACGGUGUCGUGCUUGACAACCUAUUCCCACAAAGUGACACACAGGCAGAUUACCCUGACGGUCUCUCGGGCACAUUCCACUCUAGCUCCUCUGAUUCAAGCACCUUCUACGCUUCAAAUGAACUUCGUUUCUUGGUAUGGAGCAGUCUGCCUGUACCCGGAGCAGACUUUACAAAACAAAGGCUUAGUACACUUCAGCGAAAAUGAAGAUGGGUUACUCCUGGACCGGUAUGAGCAACGGGGUUAUCGUAUCACUUAUCAAGGCAAUCAUUUGGGCCACUUCUGCACGGCUCAGCCACGAAGUAUUCAAAGCCCUGCUGUUCAUGUCGUCCCUUUUUUACCACUUGAUGAAACACGGACGGCUAUAAAGAGCACAGACAUAAUGUGGAGGCUUAAUGGUAAAUGUUGUGAAGAUUUUGCCAGAUGUGCUGUCUUCGUAGACGUGAGGAAUUACGAAGUUGUCGAAGUGCACACGCCUGCUGACGAGAAUAAAGAAACAUUCACAUCCCUCAUUCGCCCAUUCCUCCCUCCUAACGAGUUUUUGGCAAUAAUGCGGUCCUGCGAUGUCGUUGUUGUUGGUUCUGUGGCCCUCGCCAUGGUUCGACCCAUCGCUUUUACGCCCUCUAACCUAGACCUACAAGUGCCUUGCGAUGGGCGACGUGACCUCCACAAGAACAAAUCGUCUUUGACCCCCCUGUUUCAAUCCCCUUCGACGUUGCAGAUGAACUUCGUUGCCUGGUACGGGGCGGUUUGUCUGUAUCCUGAACUUACGCUACAAUGCAAAGGCCUUGUACAAUUUGAUGAAGACGAGGAUGGUUUAUUUCUCCACAAAUAUCUCGAACGGGGCUACACUUUUCUUCCACAACAAAAUGCUGUUGGUCACUUCUGUGCUUCACAACCGCGUAGCCUGCGCUCACCGGUCACCAUGAUUGUUGGCUUCUACAACCCCGACCAGACUCGACUGGCCAUGCGUAACCUGGAUGUCAUAUGGCGGCUGCGGGGAAAGUGUUGCGACAGUCAGCUCAGGUCAGGUUUAUUCAUCGACGCCUAUUCUCAUGACGUUGUGGAAAUUCAUUCAUCCUCUGAUAUCGGUCCCUAA